AUGCUCACGCUGCCCCAUCGUCGAGCCCCCCUCCCUCCCCCCCCCUGCCCUCUGGUUGCGCGCGUUCUACUCCGCCUUCGCACUCUCGGCCCCACCUCCUCGUGGCCGUCUUCCUUAUCCUCUUGCGAGCGCCCUCCCUUCCUUUCUCGAGGAUGCCCUGCCUUCUCUCCUCCCGGGCGCCUUGUUUCUCUUCAUGGUGCGCCUUCCCAGCCUCUCGCGCCCCACAUUCAUCUUAUCCGCCCACCACAUCUGCCCGUUCACUCAUCUCCUCCUCUCUUCUCUCCUCCCUCUCCUUCGUGCCUCUCCUCCCUUCCUCCACCUCCUUUUCCUCUGCAUCUGCUGCAGCUGGCUGCUGGUUGCUGGUUGCCAGUUCGUAACCGUGCUCCUUCCUCCUCCCCGAAACCCGCCCCUUCAGCUCCCUCCUCCUCUCCUCUCUCUCUAUUUCCCACCACUAUCUUGCCUCUUCCUCCGACUCUUUCCUCUCCUCAUCUGCUGCAGGUGCAAUAA